AUGCAGCAGGAGUCCAUUGAAGUCGCCCAGGAGGCCAUGGCCAAGUUCACCAUCGAGAAGGAUAUCGCCCAGCACAUCAAGCGAACCUUCGACGAGCGCAAGGGCCCUACAUGGCACUGCAUUGUCGGUCGCAACUUUGGCAGCUUUGUGACCCAUGAAACUAAGCACUUUAUCUACUUCUACCUCGGCCACUGCGCGAUUCUCCUUUUCAAGACCCAAUAG